AUGGACAAGUCCAAGAUGAAAUCCAUCCUACCUAAACCUUCCGCUAUGCAAUCCAGCUCACCCGUUGGCAAGCGCAAGUCGGUAGCCCAAGACUACUAUCCAAAGAAGCAAAGGCAGUCAUCGUCGCCUUCCCCCACACUUUCUGCUGCCUCUAGCUCCACCAACCUUGGUAUGAGCACCAAACAGCAACACAGUUCGCUGAAUCUGAUGUCUAAGCAGUCGCGUCCAGUCACCAGCUGCACUUUUUGUCGCCAGCACAAGAUCAAGUGCAAUGCUUCGGAAAACUACCCUAAUCCAUGCACUCGCUGUAGUAAGAUGGGGUUAAAGUGCGAAAUUGACCCGCAAUUCAAGCCCAAGAAGGGCUCUCAGAUUCAAAUGCUUAUAGGAGAUGUGGAGGAGUUGAAGGCCAAGAUUGAGAUGCUCAGCAAGAACGAGCACUUGUUGACAAGAGCUCUCAAUCAGCACAACUUGAACUUCAUGCAGCAAGGUCCCAACUCAGGGAUUUCUCCUCAACAGGCCCACAGUAACCCGGCUUACCAAAAUAGAAACCCAUACUCCGGACACAACACUCCAAACUCGGCCAUAGAUCAAAUCACUGGUCAGCACAUGACACCUACCCGAGCUGCCUCUGUGCAACUGGCGCCUCCAAUGGCCUCGAGCUUCAAUCCAUCCAUAUCUAACAAUGUCAUCUUGAACGAUGCCACCGGCCCAAGUCAGGCUAUCACAAACCUCUCGCACGUACUUCAUGUGGACUCGUCUGACAACUCGCCAGCAACCUACACCAGCGACCAUCGCAUGGGAACGGACAUGUCUCCGGCCUCCGACAAAGAAUUUCCUUCUAACCAGACGUACUCUGAGUUUAUAUUGGGCGAUGUGAGACUUCCCAUCGAAAAAGCUGAUGAGUUGCACGAGUGCUUCAUGUCUAAGUUUGUGCCGUUCUUACCUAUUCUUACUUCUCGAAGUGCAACGCAGCUAUAUGUUAAGUCUAAGCUUUUAUUUUGGACUGUCAUGUUGACUGCAUCUUUGUCUGAGCCAGAGCCAACAUUGUACAUGUCCCUCGCAACCUUAAUCAAACAGUUGGCUAUCGAGACUUGCUGGAUCCGAACUCCGCGUUCCACGCAUGUGAUCCAAGCUUUGAUCAUCCUUUCAGUCUGGCCACUUCCCAACGAAAAGGUUUUGGAUGACUGCUCUUACAGAUUCGUAGGCUUGGCCAAGAAUCUUUCUUUGCAGUUGGGUCUACACAGAGGUGGUGAGUUCAUCCAAGAGUUCACAAGAACCCAAACAAACUUAGGACCCGACUCAGACCUUUGGAGGACUAGAUCGUGGCUUGCAGUGUUUUUCUGUGACCAGUUUUGGUCUUCAGCUCUUGGAUUGCCUCCUUCCAUUAACACCACUGAUUACUUGUUGGAGAACGCAAGAAUUGACCACACGCUUCCAUCGAAUUUCCGUUGCCUCAUCUCUUUAUCCAUUUUCCAGUGUAAGUUGGUUAAUGUCAUGGGUAUUUCUGUCACACGCUCGGAUGGAUUAUUAGAGCCACUGAAUCGAGCUGCAUCCCUUAAUAUUCUUGACCGUGAGUUGGAAAGACUAAAAUUCAAGUUGGAUAUUAUGGAAGGAUCCUCAAUCGAAAUCUACUAUUUAUACUUGCGGUUAAUGAUCUGCUGUUUUGCAUUCUUGCCUGGUACUCCUAUUGAGGAUCAGGUUAAGUAUGUGAGUACAGCCUAUUUAUCGGCCACAAGAAUUAUCACGAUCACUUCACAGUUAUUGAGUUUGAACUCGAUAUCAUUGGCAGAGUUGCCUAUUUAUGUGAGACAAGCAAUUACUUAUUCAGCGUUCACUUUGUUCAAGUUGCAUUUGUCAAGGUACCUUAUUGAUAAGUAUGUUGAUAGUGCUCGUCAGUCCAUUGUCACCGUCCAUCGUCUUUUCAGGAAUACUCUCUCUUCUUGGAAAGACCUUCAAAAUGAUAUUUCAAGAACUGCUAAGGUGCUAGAAAACUUGAAUAUCGUUCUCUACACGUAUCCUGAAAUCUUCAGCGACGAUGCUGGCAAUGGUGGCGGAAGUAUUAUUAGCAGGAUGCGGUCGCACUUGACUGCCUCUCUUUUCUAUGACCUUGUCUGGUGCAUACAUGAAGCUAAGAGACGAACAUUGAUGAUGAAGGCUAAUUCUGAGGCGGACGGAGUUCCUUCUACAAAAAUCAAGGAAGAGGAUGCUGAAGACGGAACGCAAGGCAAGAGGCCGCAGCCACUUCCUUUCUACAAUCAAAUUACGAAGGAUGACUUUAAGACUAUUAUGACAACGACUCCCAACGGUACCACAAUCACCACAUUGGUACCUACUGACCAGGCGCUCAAUCAAGCCAAACUCAACAGUGCCAAUGGAACAAGGAAGCCGCUCGAGAUCAACGGCAUUCCAUUAUCUAUGCUUGAGGCUACGGGAAGUAUCAAAGAUCGUGAUGUGAUCAAAUACCCGCACUUGGACUCCCCCGGAGUAAAUAAUGUUGUUGAGACCAGCGACCAAGGUCUUCUCUCCGGAGUUUCGCAACCAACAGGAAGCUUCGCAAUAGAGCAGGCACAAGCACAGCAAAACCCACAAGAGCCACUGGCUUCACAGCAGGCUACACCUAUGAUCUACGACUCACAAAUGUCACCAGGAGUUGAUAGCCGACUUCCCAUGGCAGCCAACUAUCCCUACAAUGGCCCCAUGGCUGGAGGUGCGGGCAUGGCAGACCAGCUCGAUACAUUCUUCCAGCAGCAAUCGCAUGGCUGGCUUAACAACAACCACCAAGAUGACGACUUUCUAGGGUGGAUUGAUGUAAACAUGUUACCUGAAAAAUAA